UAGAUAUCAAACAUUCUCUAUCGCGUUUCACCUCUCCCUCUCUCUCUCUCUCUUCCCUUCUCUCUCUGUCAUCCCCCCCCAUCAUCCAAUCCGUACAAUCCCAACGCGCAGCCCACCAAACAAACAAAUAACCGAACACAACCAAAAGAAAGCCAUGCCGCCCUCCCAAGCCGACGACAAACGCCAAGCGGCCCGCGAAGUCAUCGACAUUCUUCAUGAGAUUUCCACCCUCCUGAACACCCAUCUGGAUCGCACCGAGCUCUCGCUUUGUGUCUCGCUCAUUGAGAACGGGGUGAAUCCGGAGGCGUUGGCGGCUGUGAUUAAGGAUCUGAGGAAGGAGGCUGGGUCUGGGGUCAGGGGGCUUGCUGAGCAGCAGCAGCAGCAGCAGCAGCAGCAGCAGCAGUAUGAGUGAGUAACCGGGUAAGGUGUUGGGGG